AUGUUAGGUAGUAGUAGUAGUAGUUUCAUGACUUUGAUGCGCUGCAUCUGUGUUGAUCUUGAUCCACUUCUCUGUUUACUUGGUCUGCAUGAUUCAAGGUUACCGCAACUAUAUCGAUCUAACUUAUCUUCUUUUUCUUCAGCUAUGGAAAUGUUUGAAAACAUAAACUGGGCAGAGCUUCCACCGGAGUUAAUCUCUUCGAUUCUGCUCAGGCUUGACGUGGUUGAGAUACUUGAAAACGCUCAGAUUGUUUGCAAACCGUGGAGAAGCGUCACUAAAGACCCUUAUAUGUGGCGCAAAGUCGACAUGCAAAACGUUGGAAGUCUAGGAUUCUGUGAUCUCAAACUCGAGAAGAUGUGUCGUAACGCCGUUGAUCGCAGCAAAGGCGGUUUGGUCGAAAUCAGGAUUGGGAACUUUGGCAAUGAUGAACUCCUCAACUACAUUGCCGACAGAUCAAGUAAUCUGAGAAGCUUUGGACUUGCGAUGUGCAAUGGAAUGUCGAACGAGGGACUUGUGAAUGCAGUUGGAAAACUUCGACUGCUUGAAGAGCUCGAGGUCUCAAACAUGUGGUCAGACCUGGAUUUUAAAGCUAUAGGCCAUUCUUGCCCACGGCUAAAGUCACUGAAGCUGAACUGCUCGGGUUACUGGUGCCCUUACUACCGCUCCAAGAGUGAUGACGACGAUGCCCUAGCAAUUUCCGAGAGCAUGCCCGAACUAAGCCACCUCCAGCUUCUUGGGAACGGACUUUCAGACAUCGGCUUAUACGCCAUUCUUGACAACUGUCCUCACUUGGAACACCUUGACAUACGCCGGUGUUUCAAUGUCCAGGAUCUAAAAAACCGAUGUUCGGAAAUCAAAGUGUUGAGAGGCCCUAAUGACUCAACUGCUGAUUACCGAUUUGUUAUCGUUUAUUACGAUACUGAUACUGAUACUGAUUCGGAUGAAGAUGAUUACUUCGGCUACCCAGUUUACUGA